ACACGGGAUUUUCACGUACACAAUACAAAUACAAUACAUGUUUUCUGUCUCUCGUUAUCGUUCUCUUCUUUCUAUCUAUCGGAUUCUAUCCUUCUCUCACUCACUCCCUCACUCACUUCACUCACACAUUCCUCUGCCUCUGCUCUCUCUUCCUUCUUCUCACUCUGAAUAUCGUGGACAACAAUGGGUGACAAAGGAGGAAAAUCAUGUCCGAUAUGCACCGAGGAGAUGGACUUGACUGAUCAGCAGCUGAAGCCAUGCAAAUGUGGCUAUGAGAUCUGUGUAUGGUGCUGGCAUCAUAUAAUGGAAAUGGCUCAGAAAGAUGAAACUGAGGGUCGUUGUCCUGCCUGCCGUUCACCUUAUGACAAAGAACGCAUAGUGGCAAUGGCAGCUAACUGUCGAAGAUUGGUUGCCGAAAUGAAUUCCAAGCAUAGAAAGAAGAUACAGAAGUUAAAGCCUAAAUCAUCAGAAGGAAGGAAACAUCUUACUGAUGUUAGAGUCAUUCAGCGCAACCUUGUGUACAUAAUUGGACUGCCUCUUAAUCUUGCAGAUGAAGAUCUACUUCAGCGUAGGGAGUACUUUGGAAGGUAUGGAAAGGUUUUGAAAGUUUCAAUAUCUCGUACAGCAACAGGCAUUAUUCAACAUUCUGCAAACAAUAGCUGUUGUGUGUAUAUAACUUACUCAAAAGAAUCUGAAGCAGUUCGAUGUAUUCAAUCCGUUCAUUUUUUUGUAUUAGAAGGUAGAUCAUUGAGGGCUUGUUUUGGAACCACAAAGUAUUGCCAUGCAUGGCUAAGAAAUGUGCCUUGCAACAAUAGAGAAUGCUUAUAUCUACAUGAUCAUGGUUCUCACGAAGAUAGCUUUACCAAAGAUGAAUUAGUAUUGGCAUUUGCAAGGAGUAGAGUCCUACAGAUCAUUGGUGCUACAAAUAAUUUAAAUCGUCCUUCAGGGAGUGUCUUACCUCCACCACCAGAUGAUCCUAGGCACAUGCCAUCAGCCACCAAAGUAGUGUCCAAAAGUCCUUUAGAUAACCAGAUUAAAGGAUCCUGUUCAAGCAUUGGAGCUGCCAAUUCAACAGCACUUCCAGCAGCAAACUCUUGGGUUAGGUGUGUGUCUGGCAGUCUUCCACAGGAUACUAGUUCCUCGAGUUCUAGUAAUCUGGCCAAUAGAAAGAUUGAAGCAUCUAAUGAUCCCCUAGCCCUUACGCCAGGUGUUGCUUGCACUGAAAAGUCUAUUCUUGAUACAAUAAAAUCAGGGGAAGAUGAGAGUAGCUCUGAUGUGCAUUCCAAUAGUGUGUUUUUACCUUCAGAGUUGAACAAACAUCACAGUGGCGGGAAUUCUCAAACAUCUUCUGUGGGCAUUGAUCAAGAGAUGGUUGUACCUUCUGCGAGAACAAGCUUCCUGGAGAUCUCCAGACCACAUGAUUUCAAUAUUAACAGGGCAAUUUCCAAUCGAGAUGUGCAUGGCUUAUGUUCAGGGUUAUCAUCUGUCAGCAUCAACAGUCAUCUUGAAGGUUCAGAUUUCACUCGUGGUUCAGACAGAAUACUUUCUACUCAUAACUCGAUCAAUUCCUCUUUAGGGAACCAUGUGCAUCAAGAUAAUGAGUAUUGUAAAGAUCAAUCAACCACACCAGCUUUUUGGGAAGAUAUAAUUGUGGAUGAUAUACUAAAUAAAGAUUAUGAACAACAGAAAUUCAGCAAAGGUAUUAAUAAUUUAGCAUCUGGGUUCCAUUCACCUUGCUUUCCUCAGAAUCUAAACCAAUCAAGUCAUCAACCGAAGCAGCAAAAUCAAAUUUGUAACCAGAAUCAUUUGGGGAAACCUUCUGAAUCUUUCACUGAACCAUUGGGGGCAGGAUUCGAGAAGCUUGCGGAGAGUGAGGAUACUGAUACAGAUGUUGAUAACAAGGUUUCUUCAGACAUAGGAGAAAACAACAUUAUAUCUAACAUUUUGUCUUUGGAACUAGAUGCAUGGGAAGAUUCACUAGUUAAAUUGUUGGGUGAAAGUGAUGAACCAUACACAUCCUUUAAUGCACCUGCUUUGCGGAAAAUUCAAGACAAGAAUCAGUCCAGAUUUUCAUUUGCCAGACAGGAUGAUUCCUUGAAUGAGGCAUCUGAUUUGCAGCAAUCAUUCGAAAUUACUGGACAUAAUCCUAAAUGUAAUUCUGUUUCUGGUGGUUUAAAUGGAAACAGAGAUAUGUUUGCCGGGAAACACCCACAUACUUUCCCAUCAAGCAAUUCUGUGCUAUCUGAUAAAUUUGAUGGAAGUCCGUCUUUGGUGCCCUCUAAAUUUUCCAUGGCAAAAGCUCAUGCUUCAAGCCCACCUGGAUUUGCAAUGUCCGGCAGAUUACCUCCUGGGUUUUCACGUGGGAGAGUGGAACAUGGUUGUAAUAGUCCUGUUGAACAUUUGCAUCUGCAGUAUGCUCCUCCAUCUGUAAAUAUCGGCAGGAUAGGAGGUGUUGAAUUCAGAAAUCCUAUGGUAUUGGAUCCUAGUAAGGGCAUAGUAGAAGAAAGGAUGAAUAGUGCACCUUUUAACGUGAGGCAGACUUUAAUUCCUCAAUAUAGUCCUAAUGAAGAUGAUGCUAGGCUUAAGCUGUUAGUACAACAAUCCGCAGCUUCUCAGAAUUUUAGACUUACAGAUCAUAUUGGAAAUAGGUUUUCCCAUCAAAGUGAUGCUUAUAGAACUUCUUCGAGGUUUCUUGAUCAGUUUCAGUCUAACACACCAUUUUCUGAACAAUUGCAUUCUCAACAGUUCAGUAGUAAUAUUCCCAUAUCAAAUAACCAGUGGGGAAGUUGGAAUGAUUCCAAGUAUUUCAGUGGCCUGUCUAUGUCUGAAGUAUUGAAUAAUGAAAUAGGGGGAUUUAACAAUUUCUUGCCUAGUUAUGAGAAUAUCAAAUUUUAAGUAUCUGAAUUGACUGAUCAAGUAAUGUUCAUGGUAGUGAUUGCGUCUCAACUCUCAACUAUAAUUCAAUUUCCCUUUAAUGCACUAAUAGGCUCUCAGAUGGAAGUACGUGGAUCAAACCUGUCUCGUUUUUUAAAGAUUCGAAUAUUUGGCUGAAGGUGUUUUACUACAGCAGUCUGGCUGUACUGUGAGACAUGUUUCGAAUCUGUUUUGGAAUUUGAGUGCCCUCAAUUCCUUAUAACAAUUCUGCCAUCAAAUGGUCAAUUGUUAUCCUCAACUGCUCUUUUUUUGCUUAGCUUCACUGCAAAGCACUGGAAUCUGGGUCUCUGCAUUAUGGUCGGCAGAUGCAACUGGUAAAUGGUGUCAACUUUCUCUCUGGGAUAAAUGACUGGAGAACUAACCUUGGCUGUUAUUAUGGUAAACUGGGUUCCAAUCAAUUUGUCAUCAAACGAUGGAAACUACAAUAGGGAGCUAUAAGCCUUAAUGAAUGGGAAAUUCAUGCUAAGAAUGGUGAGAUAGGUCAUCCAGAUUUGACGUACUCUUCUUACCUGAAAUUGUUUGUUCAGAAUCUUAAACUUGGAAUUCCCUGUUAUUCACUGAUUAUAGUGUAUGCAUCAAAUAUAACUUUAAUACUAUGUAGUAUGUAUAAAUUUGGUUUUGGUUUUACAGAAGUACCAAAAUUUUGAUAGUAGAGUAUAAUUUACAUCUACUUGAGAAGAUUUCCGUUGA